AACCUCAUUUUUCCUCAAGUGAAGGCACUCACAUGGCGUAAACAUGCCGCGAAAGGGAAGAAAAUUGCUGAAAAGAAAGUCGGAGGGUGUGAAAAAAGAAAGUAAAGGGGUGUGGAUUGUAGAGAGCGAUCGAGAAGAUGAGAACAAAUCUGUGGCUUCUUCUAAUCAGGACUCUGGUGCAGAAGAUCUUUUAACCCAAGAGUUUCCCAAUUCCGAGGAUAGUUCUGACGACGAGGUUCAAGAGAAUGACAACCCGGAGGCCUCUGACGAGGAGCAGGAUGAAGUUCUCUUCGAUUCCGACAUCGAGAGUGAGGAGCUCUCCUUCGAGAGUGAUUCCUCCGCCUCGGAGGAUCAACCAGAGGAAUCAGAAGCCUCAGAGACACCUCCUAAGCCUGCAAAAGCCUCCUUACCCCUUCCAAAGAUUUGUCCAACUCCCAGAAAAUCUUUCAAUACUUCAAAAACUCCAGAAAUCUCCAUAACAUCCUCAAAACUUCCACCUGAAGAGUACGAAUACGAUUCCUCUGACGAAGAGGACAUUCGAAAUACCGUAGGGAAUAUUCCCAUGAAGUGGUACGAUGAUUAUUCCCACAUCGGCUACAACCUCGAUGGAAAAAAGUUAGUGAAGCCCGAGAAAGGCGAUCUUCUGGAUAAUUUUCUAAAACGCAUGGAGGAUCCGGACUUCUGGAGAAGUGUCAAAGACCCCGCAACUGGUCAGGUUGUGAUUCUCAGUGAAGAGGACAUAAAUCUCAUUACUAGGAUCCAGAAACAGAAGAUUCCCGAUCCCCAGUUCGAUGAUUACGCUCCGUGGGUUGAGUACUUUACGUCAGAAGUGAUGAAAACACCACUGAGAAAAUUUCCCGAGCACAAGAAGUCAUUUUUGCCCUCGAAAAAUGAAGCCAGACAAGUUUCCAAGUUGGUGCAUGCUCUGAAGAUGGGCUGGAUCAAGUCAUCGGAGGAGUUGAAGAAGGAGAGAGCUGAUAAGAACAAACAGCCUCAAUUUUACAUGCUCUGGCAGUCUGACGAUCAGGCUGAAGAGAUGAGAAGAAUUCACAGGCACAUCCCAGCCCCCAAGAGGCAUCUUCCUGGUCAUGCAGAGAGUUACAAUCCACCCCCAGAGUAUCUUUUCGAUACAAAAGAGCUCAAGCAGUGGAACAAACUCAAAAUGACACCCUGGAAAAGGAAACUUCACUUCGUUCCACAGAAGUUCAAUACGUUAAGAGAAGUUCCAGCUUACCCCAAGUACAUCAAAGAGAGAUUCCAGAGGUGUUUGGAUCUUUAUCUGUGCCCCAGGGCCCUCAAGAUGAAGUUGACGAUCGAGCCUGAGGAGUUGGUGCCCCAACUACCCAGUCCCAGGGAUCUUCAACCUUUUCCCACGACAAUGUCAAUGGUUUAUAAAGGUCACACCGAUAUGGUCAGGUCCAUUUCCACUCAGGGCAGGGGCCAGUACUUUGCAUCUGGUGGAGAUGACAUGCACCUGAGGAUCUGGGAAGUUUCCACUGGCAGGUGUGUCAAGGUCAUACCCUGUGGAGGGAUCAUUAGAUGUGUCGCCUGGUGUCCCAAUGAGGCAGUGUCUCUUAUCGCUGUUGCUGCUGAUAAGAAGGUAUUGUUAAUUAAUCCUGGAGUUGGGGAUCACUUGGUAACAAGCAAAACUGAUAAACUCAUGGGGAUUAUUCCUGAGAGCGAUGUAAUUGUCAGUGAAAGGGUGAAGAGUGCUGUCCAGUGGGAACAGCCUAACGACGAGCUCUGGGGGACUGGGGUCAGGAUUGUAAUUAAUCACUUUAACAUUGUCAAGCAAAUCACUUGGCAUCCAAAAGGGGAUUAUUUCGCCACUGUUAUGCCUGACGGGCAGAACAGGUCUGUUUUAAUCAGUCAAUUGUCCAAGAGGAGAUCUCAGCUACCCUUCAGUAGGCCCAAGGGACUUGUCCAGUGCGUUCUUUUUCAUCCUGUUAGACCUAUCUUCUUUGUGGCGACUCAAAGACACAUUCGAGUUUACGACCUAAAAAAGCAGGCGAUGGUGAAGAAAUUGUUGUCUGGCUGCCAGUGGAUAUCGACAAUGGCAAUACACCCAGCUGGUGAUAAUAUACUGGUUGGUACGUAUGAUCGCAAAAUGCUUUGGUUUGACAUGGAUUUAAGUACAAAGCCGUAUCAGACAUUGAGAUUGCAUGGUACUGGUGUGCGUGGAGUGGCUUUUCACAAACGUUAUCCUCUAUUUGCGUCUGGUGCUGACGAUAGAGGCCUCAUCGUUUCCCAUGGAAUGGUUUACAACGAUCUCCUCCAGAAUCCUCUCAUCGUGCCUCUCAAAAGAUUCUCCAAUCAUGAGGCUCAUAAUGAUUUUGGUAUUCUAGAUGUCAUAUUCCAUCCUAUUCAACCAUGGGUCUUCUCAGCGGGGGCCGAUACUACUAUUAGAUUGUACACAUAAUUUGUUUUUUUCAUCUUACAUUUUUCUCCCGUAGAUAAAUAAACCGAUGCAAAUUUUA